GCCGCGGCUGCGUCCAGGAAUAGAACGCCCGCUCGCGCCUCUCUGCCUGCCUGCGUACCUGACUGUGCAUCGCGUCGAGUGCGUGAGACUGCUGCUGCAACCAUGAGGAUGGAGCGAGGCGGCCGGGCGCUGUGGCUGGCGCUGCUGCUGGGAGCGGCGGGGGCGGUGCCGCGGCAGCCGGCGACGGAGGUGCGCCACGGGCUGGGGCCGCUGGCGCGCGUGCCGCCGCUGGACCAGGGCUGCCCCGAGCCGUGCAGCUGCGCGCCCGUACAGCUGACGGCCGUCUUCGGCCUGAUGCUGUUCGUGCGCCAGGUCGUGAUGAACUGCACGGCCACCGCGCUCACCGCGCUGCCGGGGCCCGUCUUCUACGAGGUGUACGCGCUGCUGCUCUCCCACAACAACAUCACGCAGCUCGGCCCGCACGGAUUCGCCGCCGACAUGCAGGUGUCGGAUUUGCGGGAGCUGGACCUGCGAGACAACGCCAUCCACACCAUAGACGAGGACGCCUUGAAGGGCCUGCACAGCCUGACCAGCAUCGCGCUGGAUCGCAAUAAGAUCCAGACGGUGCCGCCACAGCUCUUCGACGACUGUCCGGAGAUAGAAUACGUGAGCCUGAGCGAGAACCCGCUGAUGCUGCCGGCGUCGGGCCCGUUCUUCAGCGCGCCCACGCUCAGCGUCAUCGACAUCAGCAAGUGCGGCCUGCGCAGCCUGCCGGACGACACCUUCUCCGAGAUGCCCAUGCUGCACGUCAUCUACCUCGCAGACAACCCGCAGAUCGGACAGACGAACAUGAGCGCGCUGUCGCAGCUGGAGCACCUGCACGGGCUGACGCUGAUGCGCAACGAGCGCAUGACGCUGACGGGGCCCGGCCAGCUGUCGGUGCGCGAGCUGGGCGCGUCGGGCGCGUGCCAGGUGCUGGCAGCGCCCCUGGCGGGGCCGCACCUCACCAAGCUGUCGGCGCAGGGCUGCGGGCUGUCCGCGCUGCCCGCCGUCAUGGCGCAGGCGCGGCCCAACCUCGAGAUGCUGCUGCUCGGCAGGAACGCCUUCACCGGCUGGGACGCCUCCACCGACAUGCCCUACCUCGCCGUCCUCGGGCUCGACCUCAACAACAUCACCAGGCUGGAGCCGGCGGUCUUCUCGAGCCUGCCGAGCCUGGGCCUGCUCAACCUGAGCGGCAACGCGCUGCAGGCGCCGGAGCGCGGCCCGCUGCUCGCGUCCGCCAGCCUGCACUCGCUCGACCUGUUCAACUGCUCGCUGCGCCGCCUGCCCGAGGACGCCUUCUCGUCGCUGCCGCAGCUCGUCGCCGUCGACCUGUCGCUCAACGGGCUGUCGCAGCUGCCCGCCAAGCUGUUCCACGACGUCCCGCAGCUGCAGCAGGUGUUCUUGUCAGACAAUGGGCUACAGUCACUGCCAGCAGACCUGUUUGUGAAUAAUCAUCAGUUGCGGCGGUUACAUCUGUCAGGGAAUCCACUUCUGCUGUCUGGUGAAAAGGCCAUGCUCCCAACAGCACCCUCAGUAGUGCUUUUGGAACUGGACCGUAUGGAUCUCACAGGGCUGCAGGCCUCCUGGUUUAACAAUAUGCCACACAUUACCAACCUCAGCCUUGCUGACAAUAAGCUGUCCACUGUUUCGGUAUCUAGUGUUAAGGGACUGGCACACCUGCAACAAAUAAGGCUUACAGGCAACAAGCUGCAGUGUAAUGCUGCAUUGCUACCUUUCUAUGAAUGGACAAAAGAGAAUGCAGUGCAUAUUGUUGCAAAGUGUGCUGAACCACGAGGGAACUGGCAGCUCAUGGAACACCUGCACUUUGAAGAGGAAGAGAAGCACGAACAUGAAAAGCAGAGUGUGAGCACAACUCCAACUUCAGUCACUUCAAGGACCACGAUAGCAGUACCAGGUGUGACACAGUCAACAGUACGCCAGGUGUCGGAAGUGGUGCCAUCACCUGCAAGCAUGGCUGAAUUCUCACAGCAGGCGGUGCAGGCAGCGUCAGUAGGAGGCAGCAGCAACAAUGACAACAACAAGAGCAGUGGCAGCGGAAAUGGUAGCCUUUGGGUUGUGCUACUGGUUGGUGUACUGGUGGGAGGCAUUGCGGGAGCAGUGCUGACUGCUCUGUUUGCCCGCCGCAUACAGUGCCCAUCACGAGCUCCUGGCUUCCUGCACAUCCGUCUCCGUGAUACUGCAUCUGCGGCAGAAGAGUAUGGUGAUGAUGAGCGCCUUGGUUCCUGAGGCUAUUACAUAAUACUACCAAAAUGAUAAAUUUUCAGCAUCAUCCAAAGAGUUGUGAUAAAUUAUGCAGACACUUGUGUGACAAGUGACAUAGAGUCUGACUUGUGAAUUUCAUUUUAAUUCAUGUCACUAAAUUUAUUCAUUCAGACUUCAUGAAUGAAAUAUGGACACUAAAGUAAUUCUGUAUGUACAUAGCUAUGUGUGUGUGUGUGUGUGUGUGUGUGUGUGUGUGUGUGUGUGUGUGUGUAUGUGUGUGUGUGUGUGUGUGAGAGAGAGAGAGAGAGAGAGAGAGAGAGAGAGAGAGAGAGAGAGAGAGAGAGAGAGAGAGAGUGCACAUACAUGUGCACACCUUCACAAAUGUGUAUUCAUGGAUGAGCAGGUCCUAAGUGUGAGUACAAUAAUACAUAAGGUAUGGAAGGGUAAUAUCCAUGAAAUGUUUUGGAAACAGAAAUGAUGAAUGUUAUUGAUUCUUGAGUACAGACCUCCUAGUGUCUAUGAUAGGUGGAAAAUAGUCAAUAUUAACAUAGAUGUAUAUAAAA